GAUCGUCAUGUGACUUGUUAAACUUGCUAGAAGUUCUUCUUUUUAUGGAGUUGUAAUUGUAUUAAAUUGUAAACAUGGAGGAGGUCCCACUUAUAACCUGGACUCAAAAGCUUGUUUUGUAUGAAACAAAAGCGGUUGGUCACUUUCUAGUUAUCUAGGCCAUAAAUUUAAUAUUGAGAAUCUCCAGCAACAUAUCCAAACAUUAGCACAACAUGGGACAUCGAUUAACAUAGUAGAUUUAGACUCAGAUUAUAAUAAAUAAAGAAGGGAAGCGUUAUCCACACAGUCACAGCUCUGUGAAUAACGUUGAGCGUUAUCGGCAGACCGAGAUCUGCGAAUAACGCCGAGCGUUAUCGGCAGACCAAAAUCUGCGAAUAAUGCAGAGCCUUAUUGUUAGACAGAAAUUUUCUCAUAAUUACGCACAUUUCUAGAAAUAAUUAAGAUCACAUUCCAAGCCGGGGUACGGGUAGGGGUGUAGUUUUAAGUAGUGUAGGAUAGUAGGAUAGAUCGAUCGUUAAUGAGAAUGGCACAAACACAUCUCAAAACCCAAGCUACCCGUAUGCACAAGUUAAAUUUAAUAGGCCCAUCUAUAGCCUAUAUAUUGGAUAUAGGACAAUUAAUUGUGCCUACAUCUGCUGCCACUGUUAGGGGCCAACAUGGUAUUUCCUAUUAAAUGUUAUACCAGUAAUAAAAAUGGUACAGGUAUUCUUCAUACACUUUCACCCAUUGUAGAGAUGUCUUUAAAUGAUGUCAAAGCUUGAUAGGAUAUCGUUUAGUUUUUUUUUAAAAGUGUGCACUUCUAUUGCUGCCCACAGAUACUACUUUCAAGCUAAGUGCUAUUUCUUAUUUUUAUACCGUUUUUUCUGUUGUUUUGUUCGCUGACGAAGGCUUUCUGCCGACACGUUCGCUGUUUUGUUGUGUGUAUUUUUUCAGGUUCUACCCUACUCUGUUUUACUAAUUUUAUUUUGUACUAACCUGAUUGCAGUCUCUCCCCUUAUUACCCCUGUCUCCAUCAGGCGGCCAUGUGAGAGACGGGGAGGGGCAUAUAGGCCCUACAUCGAUAAUAACAGAAUCUAAUCCUGUUUAAGGCUAGUAUUUUUUCCUGAUCCUUGCGGGUGUCCCUAAGUCUACCCAGCUCUGGCCUUAGCUGGGGAAAAGUAUAGCUGGCUGGUUGUUGCGCUGGCCAUACACUCAAACUUCAAUUGCCCCAAGGGAACUUUACUUCCCAAAGACUCGCAAUGCAUCCUACGACCAGCAGGGUUCCAAUUAAUUUUUGUAUGCUUUUUUUAAAUUUAGACCCAUAGUUACAACAGUGGCAGUAUGGCUUUUUGUUUCAAUUAUCAACAUUUUUUUUACAAGAGCUAAAAUUGUUGAUGUCAAUGAUAUUGAUGUGUUUUAAGUACGGUACCGGUAUGUUCCUUUCAUUGUCAUCACUAAAUGUUAUUUCAACUAUUUCUGGAGCGGCAUAUUGUGUCCCUACUUAUUAUGAUACUUAUUAGAAAAUAAAAUGAAACAAAUAAAACGUGACAUAUUUUUUCAGCUAAACAUUAAUACACAACUCUGUGAUCUAAAAUAUUUGAAUAAGUAAGUUAUUAAUAAGUAUUUGUUUAUUAGAGAAAAAACAAAUGGAUGUUAAAGUCUAUGAGUGGAAUUAUACAAAGAAAAUUAAACAGUCAAAAGAGCUAAAAGUAUAUCACAAUGUACAGUUAGAUCAGCUGUAUCUGACUUAAACAUGGUUUAUGCGGCUCAUCUGCAUGUCCAUGUUGUUUACAGUUUUUUGACGAAACUUGAAUGAACAUUUGAACAAAAUAGAUUGAAACUUGUAACAUAAGUAACAAAACUACAUGAAAAUAAUAAUAAAACUAUGUGAACAGAAUAAGAAAGCUAUAUGAAGAAUAUUAUUAUAAUAUAACACUACGAAAUAACCAUUAAAUAUUUUUUUUUAAAUUUUAUUUAUAAAAAUGAGGCUUCCCCAACGGGGAAUCGAACCUAUGUUUGCGGGGUGACGGGCGGAGAUACUAACCACUACACUGUUAAGGAGAUGUUUACAUACGAAUUUUGUAUUUUAUAUUCAUAAUUUAAUUUAUCACAUUCUGCCAAUAAUGUUGAGCGUUAUCGGCAGACCGAAAUCUGUGAAUAACGGCGAGCGUUAUCCGCAGCUCUGUGAAUAAUCACUUCGAAUAAAGAAUCAUGGCAUGGCAUCAUGAGUCAUGGUACCAACAAUCAUAAUUAUUAUUAUUAAUAGGCAUAAAAAAAUUAUGUAUGGCAUAGGCAUAGGUCAUAGACAGUCACAGUCCUUACAUUUUCCCUUCAUAUUUGAAUAAGAUUAGAUUCUAUGGUAAAAGAUGAGUGUGGAUGCCAUGAUAGGCUGCCAUCUUGGUUGAGGAGACCACUUAAUUCUGUCACUAAAUUUAAGUAAUCUUAUCCCUAAACCUAACCUGAACCCUAAAUGUAUCCCUAAACCUAACCUGAACCCUAAAAUGUAUCCCUAAACCUAACCCGAACCCUAAAAAAAUGUAUCCCUAAACCUAACCUGAUUCUUUUAAAUUUAAAUGGAAAUGUUUUUUGAUUGUAUUAUAUAGGUACUCGGAUACAAUUUUCAAAUUCAAUGAAUUAUUAAUUAAGAAAUGAACACAAAUGUAAGAUAGCCCUUGUUAAUUGGAGUAAUAAUAUGUUUUCAUUUUUCAUGUAGCACUUUUGGUUAAAAAGUUAUGAUUUUUUGUGCAUAAAAAAUCACUUUUUUUAACAUAGAGAUUUCUGACCACUUUUCAAACAAAUUGUACGAAAAGGCUCAUAACUUUAUAGCAGACUGGACAAAUAAUAUGAUACUUUUCAGAAGUGUUCAUCAUCGUAUUAUCAACAUCUUUGUUGCUUUAAAAACUAAAAAAAUUAAAUAGAAUAAUUUUAAAAUAUUUUUUAAUGUCAUUAAAAAACUUUAAAAAAAAAAAAAUUUUUUAAAUUAUUGAAAAAAAUUAAGACCAAACGUAAUUUAUUUUAAAACAGGAAAUAUAAUAGAGGCAAUUUUACAAUAAAAAUUAUGAUUUAAUUUGAAAAGGAGCAAUAUCUGAUAAAAUAUUAGUUAAUAUGUCUAUUAUUGCAGCAGCAUAGAUAUUACAAUAAAACCUAAUAUUAAUUAAGAUAGAACUUGAUUGAUUUAAGAAUUAUAAGAUGUCUUGAGCUUUCUUAUCUGUCAACUAGUGAUAAAUAAUGCUGUUUCCGGUUUAUUACUUUAGUUUUCCGCCAUCCUUUUGUUUCAGCUUUAGACACCCAUUUGGCCAAAAAUAACAAUGUCUUUGUGGUCUUCCAUCCAUCCCUGUGGCGCUACAGCCCAUGUAGGGCUUUGGCCUGCCUCACCACUUCCUUCCACUCAGACCUAACUAAUGCCUUUCUUUACCAUGCUUGGACUUUCAACUGCUGUAGAUCAUUUUCCACAUCAUCUAUCCACCUAAGCCUAGGUCUGCCUUUGAGCCUUUUUCCUCUGGGAUAUUGGUGAUGCACCCUCUUCGUUCCUCUGUCAUUUGGCAUUCUCUCUAGGUGUCCUGCCCAGUGUAGCCUGCCUCUUUUUAUUUCUGCCACAAUCGUGGGAUCCUGAUAUAGACUGUAUAAUUCAUGGUUGGUUCGUAUUCUCCAUCUAUAUCCAUCCCUUGUUGGCCCAUAUAUUUUCCUGAGAACUUUCCUCUCUCAUGUGUUUAAUAGGUUUUCUGCUGUUUUUGUAAGGGUCCAAGUUUCACUUGCAUAUGUUAUAACUUGUCUGAUUACAGUUUUAUAAAUAGUUUUCUUUGUUUCUCUUGUAAUGUUUUUACUUUUGAGUAUUUUCUGACUACUGAAAAAUGCCCUAUUUCCGGCUGAUAUUCUUUCUUUUAUUUCUGUUAGUAAUUCGUUUCUUUCAUUUAACAAGGAUCCUAGGUAUUUAAAUUGAUUUACUUUUUCAAAAGUCUGGUUUCUAAUUUUUAUUGCUUCAUCUGUUUUUUCUUCUCUUAUCAUGGUCAUGUAUUUUGUUUUUUGGUUGUUAACUUCCAGCCCUUCUUGUAGAGAUGGGUCUUCUAAUUCAAUAAACGAUUUUUAUAUGUCUUUAAUACUUUUCCCUAUAAGUGCUAUGUCAUCAGCGUAUGCAAGAUACUGAAGUGGUUGGUUGUAGAGUGUGCCCGGUGGUUGUGGGUUUUUAGUUUCCCUCAGAAAGUAUCCUGUUAUCGUUCCUUCAGUGUCAAUGUGUAUGUUUCUAAUAACUCUCUCUAAUGUUAGGUUAAAAAGCAUACAAGACAGUGAGUCUCCCUGUCUUAGGCCUUGUCUAAUAUGAAAUUUCCUUGAAUAUUCUCCUUGAAUCUUAAUUUUGCUUUUUGAGUUGUUUAGUGUUACAUGUAUUAGUCUUGUCAGUUUGUUGGGUAUCCCAAACUCCUGCAGAGUCUCAUAUAGUUUCUUUUGAUGCUGUCAUAGGCCAUUUUAUAGUCCACAUAGAGUUGAUGUACUGGUAUAUUAUAUUCAUAGCAUUUCUCUAAUAGGCAUCUGAUGGGGAAAAUCUGAUCAGUCGUUGAUCUGUUAGGCCUGAAUCCACAUUGGUAAUCACAUUGUAUUUAUUCAGUGUAAGGUUGUAGUCUUUUGGCAAUAAGCUUCGUCAGUAUUUUGUAUGUAACCUUUAAUAGGAAGAUUCCUCUGUAAUUUGUGCACUGAAGUUAGGAGCCUUUCUUGUGUAUUGGGGUUAUUAAUGCUGUUUCCCACUCUGUCGAGAUUUUCUCUUCUUGCCAAAUUUUAGUUAUAAGUUUAUGUAUCUGAUUGUGUAACUCUUUUCCUCCACAUUUAAUCAGUUCUGCUGAGAUGAGGUCUUGUCCGGGGGCUUUGUGAUUUUUCAUAUAAUUAAUUACCUCUUUGGUUUCUUCUAGGGUUGGGCUUUGUAUAUAAGGGUCUGGUCCUCCCUGAGGGAGUUGAUAAUCUUCUUCUUGUCUAUUGUCUGCAUUCAGUAUGUCCUCAAAAUAUUCAGCCCAUCUCUCCAGUACUUUACUAUUUUCCAUGAUUAAUCCUCCAUUGUGGCUCUCACACAUUUGCGGUCUGGCUUGGUAUCCAUUCUUUUCAUCUUUUAUUUUCAAGUACAUUCCUCUUAUAUUUGUUCUCCGCAAACGCAAGUUCGACCAUGCAAAAACACUUCUGAGAGAGUGGCAUUGGCUACUGGUGCGUGCUCGCAUAGAGUACAAAAUCGCAACUUUGUGAUACCGCUGCUUAGAUGACCUGGCGCCGUCCUAUCUGAAAGAGCUGCUGACGCCUUAUGUACCCACUAGAGAGCUCCGCUCAUCCGAUAGUGGCAAACUCUCGACACCACGUGUUUGCCUUGAGACUUACAGAAAGCGCACUUUCGCAUUUGCUGGUCCAACAAUUUGGACCGCCGUUCCUGUCGAUCUUAAAAACAACCAGACACUAGAGUCCUUUAAAACCGAUUUAUAGACACACCUAUUUAGCAAACACCUUCUGGGAUGAUCGUCUACCUUAUUUUCCAGUUAAUCCAUAAUGGCUGUGUUGCUCCGGGUUGAAAUGGCUAGAAAGACUUUGACAUUAUAUGCUUGUAAUUAGUUUUUGUAGUGUUGCGUUUGUUUUAAAUGUGGUAAAUUAUAGAUUUGUUUUUUGUUGACUUUGUACCGCGCUUCGAGCCUUUGGGGAUGAAGCGUGUUUUUGAAAUGAACUUUAUUAUUAUUAUUGUUAUAUUUCCCUCUCUUGAUAAAUCUUCUAUUUCCUUUAAUUUAUCUUUUUCCCAUUCCCUCUUUUUCUUCCUACACAUUUUUGUUGCUUUACUUCUGGCUUCCUUGUAUGUUUGUGUUGUCUUUCUGGUUUCCCUUUGUAACAUGAUCAUUCGUGUUUUUUUUCUUUCUUUCACAGUCUCUCUGCAUUCAUUGUUGAACCAGCCUACUCUAUUGUGCUCUACUUUUUCUGCUGAUCUUUUAAUGGUAUUUUUUAUCCUAUCCCAUUAAUCAUUUAUGUUGUUUUCCCCGUUUACUUCCUCCUGUGAUGCUUCUAAUUGGGUUUCUACUUCAUUGUGGUAAGCUUUUGCAGUUAAUGGGUCUUUGAGCAGCUUUUGGUAAUCGUAUUGUUUCUCUCUUAGAUUACGACCAUUGUAAAUUAAGCUUAUUCUCUAUCUAUACUUCACCCUUAGAAGUAGAUGGUCCGAGUCCGCAUCUGCUCCUCUAAGGUGUUUGUGGUCUUAGAGACUUGGAAUUUGACAUGGUCAUUUUUGAUACAAUUUGACAGGUACACCAGGUCGAUUUAAAAUGGGACAGCAAAUAGUUUUCAAAAUAUUGAUAAAUUAGACUUGGCUGCUUUCUCAAUUUUUUUAAAUUUAUGACAUACUGAUAUUACUGAAAACAAAAUGGAUGUCGUUAAAGCCCGUUCAUUAACGUAACUAGAACAGUAAUUCAUUUGUUCAUCCGACGUUUCUAGCGCAAAAAAAUACUUUUUUAGUGAACCCUAUCAUCCAGGACACCCAUAAAAGGGUCUCAAAACCCUAUGGGCCGCGAUUGUGUUGAAAUAGCCUCAUAUCCAAGUACCUUAUACAUUUCAGCACAAAAAUAAAACAAUUUGAGCACAAGACAUUUAUAAUAAAUUAUUUCAAACAGCCAUUCAGUGAGUUCUCUUAGCAAAAUCGGGGACUUAUUAGUUCUCAUCCAGAUGUGUGACUUCAGAGGAAGCACGCUGGUAAAUUCUUACAGAUUGGGGAACACUCUGAUGGAAAGAAUUCAUCCCGAACGGCCCAAUCCUAAGUAUCUGUGAUGAAGAGGGUGGGAUGUAUCAUCCAAAAUGUGUUUAGUUUUACAAAAACAUGUUUCUUAAAACAGUUCUUCAAGUGAAGGAUGUUUAGUUUGUGUUAUGUUCCUAGCUUUCUUGUUUAGUGGGUUUAUGCGGUGUUUAAUAUCAGACGUUGAAUAAGUUAAUGACUUGCUUGUUUACGCCGAAAUUGUACAGUUUUUUGAGGUAGAACAGUCUUUGAUUGAAUUUCUUAUACAACAUAUUGCCGUGCUCAUGCCAUGUUAGCUUAUUAUUAAUGGUGACACCUAAGUACUUGUAUGCCUCCACUUUCUCUACAUUUUGAUUUUUUUAUGUUGCGAUCUGUAAUCUGGUGUUUCCCCCUCCUGAAAUUAACAACCAUUUCCUUUGUUUUUGAGACAUUCAACUGGAGAAAAUUUUCAUCGCACCAAUUGAUAAAGCUUGUAACUAAGUUGCAGUAUAGGCCUUCUCCUUCAGAUAUUAAGCCAACAAUGGUGGUAUCAUCAGCAAAUUUUAAGAUUGGAACGGUGUUGCUUGAGCUUUGAAUAUCAUUUGUAUAUAUUGUAUACAGUACAGGAGAGAAAACGCAGCCUUGUGGGGCCCCGGUGCUUAUUUCUCUGGUUAGAGAUAAGUGGUUAUUUACUUUGACAUAUUGUGGGCGAUUUGUUAAAAAGUUCAGUAUCCAAACCUGAAUAUUUAAAUUGACACCUAAUGAGGAAAGUUUCUUUAUUAUAAGGUGUGGUUGGAUAGUGUUAAAUGCUGACGAGAAGUCUAAGAAAAGCACUCUGGCAUAUGUUUUAGAAUUGUGUAGGUGAUGGUAAAGUCUCUCCAAUAAUAGUAAGAUUGCAUUCUCUGUACUUCUGGCAGGUUUGUAAGCAAAUUGGUGGGAGUAAAGUUUUUGCUGUACUUCAUUCAAAAUUUCUUUCAGAAUUAUUUUAUCAAAACAUUUCAUGACAAUAGAGGUAAGUGCAACAGGUCGUGAGUCGUUGUUACACGUUACCUUAAUUGUGUUUGGAAUUUGUAUGAUUUCUGAAGUUUUCCAAAUUGCUCAUAUUGUGUGAGUUACAUAAGAUUUAUUAAAUAUGUAACAAAAAAUGUAGGAGAGCUGCAAUAAGUUAUUGUUCCGCAAUUGUUUUCGUGGAGAUGAUAUAAAGUUUUUCGGUAAAUUCACAGAAGAGGUGCCAUGUUUUUUUUUCCAAUGGCGAUCUAGGUUGACAAGACCAGUUUAUUCUGUCACUAAAUCUAAGUAAAUGUAUCCUUAAACCUAACCUGAACCCUAAUUCACAGCAACUUUAAUAAACAUGCAAAUGAAAUCGUGGCAUCCUAUCCUAGUUUAAGCCACUUUUUCUUUUACGAAUGUGCUGAAAUGAAUAUGUACAACAAUGUCAUAAAAAACAUUUCCAUUUAUUUGGAUCAAUAAAAGAAUAACCAUUUAAAUAGCACUUCAAACUGGAGCCAUACUAUUUUUUAAUAACCCACGCUCAAGUGGUAAUUUUCCUUAGCGGGCUUCCAUUAAUUACAUCAACAAAAUAGGGGGGGGGGAGUUUGGAAAUGUUUGACAGUUGUUGACAAGGGGGAGGGAGGGGGUUUAAAUUAGUUGCCGUCAACAAUCAUGUUUUCUGUAUUAAAAUUUUAAUCUUAUAAAUUGACUGAUUAUUACAUUUAAAAAAAAAAAAUUAUAAGUGUAAAUGAGUGCUGUAAAUAGUCCUAUAAUUUUUAGGAUUUUAACACUAUAAGAGUUAUUUAUUGUGUGUCUGUGCACUGCAGAUUGUUGGUCAGAAUGUUAGCACACUUUGUUAGUGCAAGAAAAGUCAAAAGUUGACUGUAGUAACACUAAUAACAUCGCUGCGUGACAAGGGUGCCGGGUGGCCGAGUGGUCUAAACUGACUCGCUCCAAAUAGUGGUGGUCUGGAGCUCAACCUCCGCCAAAGCCAAAAUCCUAAGCACCCCAGGUGGAUGGGACUCGUUAGCGUUGGAAGGCAACUCAUUUAAGAGAAGGCUAACUCUGAACCAGGCGCCAAAAAGAUCAAUAAAUUGAUCGUGGGCCCUCAAAUGAAAAAAAAGUCAUGUUGAAAAAGCAUGUUCAACAGCACUGACAAUGCUCUCUUGAGCAUAAGAAAUUAGCACCUGGUCCUCAACAAAAAUAGAAUUUGACCAAUGCGAGUAGCUGCAAGGAGAUAGACAGAGCUUAUGGCAUUUAUUGCUUACACCGAAUAUUGCAUUUAUUUUAAGUACUGAAUGGUUAGAUGAGAAUCAGUGCCGCAAGAUGAAAAUGAUAAAUCAGCUACUAUAGACUAUGCCCACCAAGGGCGUCAACUCAUAUUUUUUUUCAGGGGGAGGGGGGCAAAGCCAAAACUUGGUCGGCUUGUUAAGUUGUUUAUUACUGGAGGUGCCACAGUACAUAGCAAUUUAAAUAAAACCUGCAAAUUAGGGGGUGGGGGCAAAUGCCCCCCUGCCCUACCCAAAUGAUGUCCCUGAUGCCCAUUGUUACGAUAGAGCAAACCUGGCUACUCCUUGGAAAGAUGAUAGCAGCUAGAAACUAUGCUUUAAGUGUCAGCUUUACUGACAAUAAUCAUAGUUCUACCACAAACAAUGAUCUUUAUUCUUUAAUAACAUUUCAAUUGAUUCUGCAUUAUAAAAUUUAAGUGUAUAAACUUUUUAACUUGUUGAUUAACAAGCUAAAGAUGUAAUGAAAUAUUUUUCCCACAAGUUUGUGCCAUUAAAAUAGCUCAGCAAAAAGUCAAAUGUAUUUAUAAAUUUAUUUAUAAUGUAAUUCCUUUUUUUUUUUUUUUUUUUUUUUUUUUUUUUUUUUUUUUUUUUUUUUUUUUGAGUGGGUGGGAGGGUGUAGAAUAUAAAAUGUUAACAUAAUUAAAUAGGGAGGUCAUUGGAAGUUUGACAGUUGUUGACAAGGGGGAGGGGAUAAAAAAUUACUUUAAAAUUGUUGAUGUAAUUAAUGAACGACACUUUAACUUAAUCAGUUGAGUGAUUAGUCUGAUUGAUUUGGUUCACUCACACUCACACCGACUCACUGAUACAUCCAUCUAAAAUUAAGUCUUCACCAAACUCUUUAGUCAAUAAAUAUAACUUAAAAAUGGUUGCAGUACAGAUACUAUAGUCAUAUCAGUAUCAGUCAGAUAUGCUAUUGCUAAAUAUUAAUAUUAAAGAAAUCUUUUUAAAAAAUAUGAAGAAGAUGUCAUUUUUAUUAGUUUCAUAUUAGUUUGGCAUAACUUGUUGAAAAAAGUCAAUAUACCGGUAUAAUAUCCUCAUCAGAAGUCUUAAAAGUACAUUUAAUACCUUGCCACAUUAAAAAUGUAACUGUGCACAUUAGGCAUAAGGUCCUUAGCAUAUCUUGAAUCAAGAUAACUCAAGUUGUUGAAGAAAGUCAAAGCAUAAUAAUAAUAGCAUCAUCACAAUUCCUAAAUUUACAUUUGAUAUCUUGGUACAUUAAAAUUGCACACAUAAGCCUAUCUUGAAUCAUAUGAAACCCUUCUAAAUCUAAUGUAUAAAUCAAUAACGUCAUGAAUGGUGACAAGUGAGAAAUUAUUCAAAAUUAUUGCAGUUUUAUUUCAGCGCUAUUACAUUGUGGGCUCAAAUAAGUCAGAGACACGCUUCAGAGUUCUCAAGAUUGAUCGGACAGAACCAAGGGAGCUAGUUAUUCAUGAUGAUAAGGUAAAUCUACACUUGUACUGGCAAAAGCAAUUCAUUACUCUGGGCCGAUCAAAGGAUCUUGAUUUAACUUUAACCUUAUAAUUGUAUAUUUUAAAGUAUUAAUUUUCGGUCAACUUAGGCUUUAAGCUUUCCACCAGAGUUUCAGUGGAUGAGUGAACUCCACUUAGUUGCAGAUUCUUACUAGAGUAAUCUAUGCUCUUUUUUAUUUUAAUACUUGGAUGGAAUAUUUUUAUUUGAUGGCUUUAACAAAAAAUUAAUACAGCGUAGAGUGGUUAAAUAUAAUAUUUCAAAAUAAGUCUAUUUUAACUAUAAGAUUAUAAAAUGAGGCUAUUUGUCAGUGUCAUGUGAAAAAUGGAUUUGGAUUUUUUCUGACAUCUUUUGUAUUUUAUUUUUGGUGGAACCUGUAAUUAAGUAUUUAAAAGUGUAUUCAAUUAAACUUUAAGUUUGGUUUUCAAGAAGUACCCCACGCAGAACAUAGGACAAGGCUUAAGGUGUAUCAGCAUAAAUUUACCUUAAUUUUCUAACAUUUCACACAUUGAUAGAAACUUUGAGCCUAGCCAUCCAGAGGAGCUUACAUGGGAGCUUAAAUGGAAGCUUACAUGGGAGCUUAAAUGAGAGCGUAAAUGGAAGCUUACAAGGGAGCUUAAAUGGAAGCUUACAUGGGAACUUAAAUGGAAGCUUACAUGGGAGCUUCAAUUGAAGUUUACAUGGGAGCUUAUAUGGAAGUGCAUAUGGGAGUUUACAUGGAGAUUAAAUGGUAGCUUACAUGGGAGCUUACAAGGGAGCUUAAAAGGAAGCUUAUGUGAGAACAUUGUAAAUCCCAUCUACAUGCAUAGGAGCCAAAAUGAUCAAUAAAUUGAUCAUGGGCCCUUAAGAUAUAGAAGAAGAAGAAGAAGGGAGCCUAUGUGGAAGUGCAUAUGGGAGCUUACAUGGGAAUUAAAUGGGAGAUUUUACUGUACUGAUUAACCAUCCAAAGGAGCUGACAUGGCAGCUUACAUGGUAGCUUACAUUGAGGUACUGAUAAGCCAGCUGUGUUGUGUCUUUACUUUGUUUGUGGAAGUUGUCAAUUCAGGACUUUUGUCUCAUAAAGUUGUGCAAGUAUGACUGCAUUCAUGUAAAAAAUGUCAAGUUUGUUUUUAUGAAAGCUAAUUUUAUGAGAUAAAUAUUUGUUUGACUUGUGCAGGUGGAAUACAGCCGAAGUGAAAUCCGAAGUGUCUUGUCCAUGAUUGAUGGCGGAAACAAGCCCAAGAAACAGGGAGCCGGAAACGCCGGUUUAUCCAAAAAUAUUUCAGCAUUUGGCCUGGCAGGUUAUAUUCUGUUGUAACUUUUAUAGUGGGAGAAUUUUUGGGGUUGAUUUUUUUAAGGAAUAGUUGUAACUGACUUUUUCUUGGCAUCAACAAUUUGAGACCAAUCAUUGAACAAUCAUUGAUAAGCUAUUUGAUUUAAUUAAUUACUAAAUUAUUUGCUAAAAAUUAAUCUUGGAAACUGUAUAAGUACAUAUCAUUCACAAUUUUAUAAAUAUUUGUAUCUUUUAGUUGUCACAACGGCUAAAAAAUAAUUUUUCCAAUAUAAACAUUUUUCCAUGCAGGUUUUGUCCGAUUCCUAGAGGGCUACUAUAUGAUCCUAGUGACAAAAAGAAAAAAGGCCGCCGUCAUUGGAUCUCACACAAUCUACAAGAUUGAAGAUACAUCCAUGCUUUACAUUCCAAAUGACAGUGUGAGAUAUGUACACCCAGAUGAGAGCAGGUAAUCUAGUCAAAUGACAGUGUCAGAUAUGUACAUGCAGAUGAGAGCAGGAAAUCUAGUCAAAUGACAGUUUGAGAUAUGUACAUCAGGUGUGUUGUAGAGUGUAUCAGUUUUACAAUAAUGUUAACUGACCAAGUAUUUCACUGACCAAGUAAUUCACUGACCAAACUGACCAAGUAUUUCACUGACCAAGUAGUUCACUGAUCAAGUCGUUCACUGACCAAGUAUUUCACUGAUCAAGUAGUUCACUGACCAAACUGACCAAGUCAAUUUCACUGACCAAGUAGUUCACUGACCAAACUGACCAAGUAGUUCACUAACCAAAAUGACCAAGUAGUUCACUGACCAAACUGACCAAGUGUUUCACUGACCAAGAAGUUCACCGACCAAACUGACCAAGUAGUUCACUGACCAAGUAGUUCACCGACCAAACUGACCAAGUAGUUCACUGACCAAACUGACCAAGUAGUUCACUGACCAAGUAGUUCACCGACCAAGUAGUUCACCGACCAAACUGACCAAGUAGUUCACCGACCAAACUGACCAAGUAGUUCACUAACCAAACUGACCAAGUAGUUCACUGACCAAGUAGUUCACUGACCAAGUAGUUCACCAACCAAACUGACCAAGUAGUUCACUAACCAAACUGACCAAGUAGUUCACUGACCAAGUAGUUCAUUGACCAAACUGACCAAGUAGUUCACUGACCAAGUAUUUCACUGACCACACUGACCAAGUAGUUCACUAACCAAACUGACCAAGUAUUUCACUGACCAAGUAGUUCACUGACCAAGCAGUUCACUGAUCAAACUGACCAAGUAGUUCACUGACCAAGUAGUUCACCGACCAAACUGACCAAGUAGUUCACUGACCAAACUGACCAAGUAGUUCACUGACCAAGUAGUUCACCGACCAAGUAGUUCACCGACCAAACUGACCAAGUAGUUCACCGACCAAACUGACCAAGUAGUUCACUAACCAAACUGACCAAGUAGUUCACUGACCAAGUAGUUCACUGACCAAGUAGUUCACCAACCAAACUGACCAAGUAGUUCACUAACCAAACUGACCAAGUAGUUCACUGACCAAGUAGUUCAUUGACCAAACUGACCAAGUAGUUCACUGACCAAGUAUUUCACUGACCACACUGACCAAGUAGUUCACUAGCCAAACUGACCAAGUAUUUCACUGACCAAGUAGUUCACUGACCAAGCAGUUCACUGAUCAAACUGACCAAGUAGUUCACGGACCAAACUGACCAAGUAUUUCACUGACCAAGUAUUUCUUUGACCACACUGACCAAGUAGUUCACUGACUAAACUGACCAAAUAUUUCACUGACCAAGUAGUUCACGGACCAAACUGACCAAGUAUUUCACUGACCAAGUAUUUCACUGACCAAACUGACCAAGUAGUUCACUGACCAAGCUGUCCAAAUAUUUCACUGACCAAACUGACCAAGUAUUUCACUGACCAAACUGACCAAGUAGUUCACUGACCAAAUUGACCAAGUAUUUCACUGACCAAACUGACCAAGUAUUUCAUUUUGAACAGAUAUGUCAAGAUGUUUCAAACUGUGGACCUGUCAAGCAAUUUUUACUUUAGGUAAAUAUGUCCACUUGAAACUGUGCCAAUAAAGUAAAUAACUUGUUUCAUAUAACAUUGUGGUUAUUACUAAACAGAAAUAAGAACUUAUACUUAUGAAGAUAACUUUCUGAACCUCUGUGACCCCCCUCCCCCCCACCCCCUUCCUCAAAAAUAAAGAAAUAUCUCUGUUAUUGACAUUAUUUGUUCAUACAGCCGAAAUUGUUCAAUAAGCUGUCCAGAUCUAUAUCUGCUUAAAAUAAGCUGUCCAGAUCUAUAUCUGCUUAAAAUAAGCUGUCCAGAUCUAUAUCUGCUUAAAAUAAGCUGUCCAGAUCUAUAUCUGCUUAAAAUAAGCUGUCCAGAUCUAUAUCUGCUUAAAAUAAGCUGUCCAGAUCUAUAUCUGCUUAAAAUAAGCUGUCCAGAUCUAUAUCUGCUUAAAAUAAGCUGUCCAGAUCUAUAUCUGCUUAAAAUAAGCUGUCCAGAUCUAUAUCUGCUUAAAAUAAGCUGUCCAGAUCUAUAUCUGCUUAAAAUAAGCUGUCCAGAUCUAUAGCUGCUUAAAAUAAGCUGUCCAGAUCUAUAGCUGCUUAAAAUAAGCUGUCCAGAUCUAUAGCUGCUUUAAAUAAGCUGUCCAGAUCUAUAGCUGCUUUAAAUAAGCUGUCCAGAUCUAUAGCUGCUUAAAAUAAGCUGUCCAAAUCUAUAGCUGCUUUAAAUAAGCUGUCCAGAUCUAUAGCUGCUUUAAAUAAGCUGUCCAGAUCUAUAGCUGCUUAAAAUGCAUGAAUUUUAACCAGAACCAUUUCUAUUUUGUUUAGCUACAGCUACGACCUUACUCACACUCUACAGUUCAACAUGGCCCCCGUCAUUCAGCCAAACACCAACCCCCUCGAUCAGGGGCCCGGUCCCGGCAAAGUUCAGCAAUCAUCUGCCGCACAUCAACCGUCCAAGAGAACCUCAUCAAAAAGUCAGUCGCUCUGGGAAGAUGAUGUUUCCAGCGCUGAGUCUGCCUCACCUGAUGUCAUUCCCCCGAAAGUCAUUGAAAGGGAGGAGUUCUCUAUUGGUGAAGUCAGUGAUCUGAAUAUUUCCCCUGACACUGCGGUGCUGACACGGGCAGAACUGCAAGAGAAGGAGAACAAAGAAGGUUUGUGUGAGGGUUAGUUUAUAGUGAGAAUUGUGAUUGAGCAGGGAUGGGGGGGUUGUGGAGUUAGGGCACUGUAUAAAUGGGGGGGGGUUGUGGAGUUAGGGCACUGUAUAAAUGGGGGGGGAGGGGGGGGUUACUGUAUAAAACACUUAAGGAACUCUUUAGGCUAGAUGCUGUAUGGAUGGAUGUUUUUAACUAUUUUGUGUACCAAGAGUCUCUUUUAAAAUUCUUGUCACAUCUUGGACACCCAUUGUGAAGCUAUGGAAACCCAUAGGAACUCUUCUGAACCUGUGGACACACAUUGGAAGUAUUGUUGCUAUGACCAACCAUUUGAAGUCUUGUGAAGCUAUUGCCAACCAUUGGAAGUCUUGAGAUGCCAUGGGCAUUCAUUGAAUCUUAUGUAGAUUAUAAGUCCUCUUGAAUAUUAAAACUGAGAUGACAGUUACCAGAAUACUCUCUAAAAACAAUUUAAAUAGCUCUGGAUCCGAGGUUAAACAUUUUUUUUGAAGGAUAUGAUUAAAAACCUGUCAUUGUCUAUAGAUGUCCAACCUUUCUCUAAGACAGUGCUACCUUUAGUUGAAACAAUUAUGAUGAGUACCUGACACAUGUUACCUUUAGGUGAAACAAUUAGGAUGAGUACCUCACACGUUACCUUUAGGUGAAACAAUUAUGAUGAGUACCAGACACAUGUUACCUUUAGAUGAAACAAUUAUGAUCUGUACCUGACACAUGUUACAAGCACAAUGCAUAAAUUCUUCGCCAAUUCCUUUGCUUUCAGAGGCAGUCAUGUAUGGCAUUAAAAAUUCUCCCUGCAGGAAAUACGUCUGGAACAAUCACUUGUUGAAAGGGUUUGAAGGCAAUGUUCAUUCUGACUGGGUUCUCUACAUUAUCCAUGGAUUCAUUGGUCAAAGCAGUAUCCUUAUCAUCUUUCUUUAAUUAUAUCUUAUUGUCACUUAUCUGUAAUUAAUUGGUAUCUUCCAUCAAAUUCUUUGACACAUUCAUUAGUCAUAAUCGCACCAAAUCGAACACAAGUCUUUUUCCAUUAGCAAUGUAAACUUCAAUCCAGGAAACAUGUCUAUCACACAUGUAUAACUCAGCUCAUUAUAAGAAGGAGAAAUAAAUCCCAACCAUUCACUACAAGUUUCUUUCCACAACUGCUGAACCAAAUAGCAGUUAUGCCAAAACAGUCUAGACACUACAUCACAAUUACAAAAAUACUAGAUACACCAUGCCAAACAUUGGUGACAGCAAUGCUUGAACUUCCCAUCUACUAAAGUUACUUGACAAAACAUGAACUCAAGUAACGCACAUUUAAGAAUCCCAAUUUUUGCUACACCCCUACCCCAUGCUACGUCACUGCACACUUUUUAUUUCACGCCCAUGAGCUAUAUUAAAUAUUCUGAUGUCCUAACUACUUCUAAACCGAAUAUUUUUACACCAUACUUAAAUUGAGACGAUUUCAUUUUACGAAAAGAAAAUAUUAUGCACCAAACGCAGUUGCGUCAUUAAAAAAAAUUAAAUAUCAUUUAGCGUAGUUAUCGGGAAUUUUUUUUUUGGCGCUUUAAACUCAUUAUUGAACCAUAUUUUCUUUCAAACAUCUAGAAUUAUUUGUAAAAUACUCUCAAUGUUAAAUGCGCUGAAUAGGAAGUAGCCAGCUUGUUAGGAAGCAGCCGGAAAUGUAGGCAGUCCACAGUCAUACCAAAAGCAUAAUAUAAAUAAGAUAUAAGAGAUUAUCACGAGCUUUAAAGGCUGGAAAGGGUACAUCAACUAAACUAUAACUCUUAAAUACACCAGCACAAUAAAAGACACUAUCCGGUGUGCAACAAUAGCUAGUGAAUUCCAAUUGCUCAACACAUAUCUAAAUUUAAUUUUAGCAGUAUCUUUCUUUAUGAGUCAUUAUGAUCAUUUAUAAUGACCCUCUAUUGAUUUUAGGAAAACAUUUAAAAUUAAUUUUUGAUAGCAGCAGUAUUCUGACCGACUUGACCUAUCACGCAAAUUUGUUUUCUUGACGCCAUUAAGAUGUCUGUGUUUUUGGGAAGUCUGUCUACCUGACACUCAUUGGACGACGGUCUAACCGGUAUGCAGGAACACGGUUUUUGAAGCGGGGCGCUAACCAUGAGGUUAGUGUAAGCAAUUCUCUGCACUAAUGAGCUUUAUCAGUUUAGUGUAAGUGUAAGCACCUCUCUGAACUAAUGAGCUUUAUCAGGUUAGUGUAAGUGUAAGCACCUCUCUGAACUAAUGAGCUUUAUCAGGUUAGUGUAAGUGUAAGCACCUCUUUGAACUAAUGAGCUUUAUCAGGUUAGUGUAAACACUUCUCUGCACUAAUGAGCUAAAUAAGGUUAGUGUAAGCAAUUAUCUGCAAUAAUGAGCUUUAUCAGGUUAGUGUAAGCACUUCUCUGCAAUAAUGAGCUUUAUCAGUUUAGUGUAACUUCUCUGCACUAAUUAGCUUUAUCAGUUUAGUGUAAGCACUUCUCUACACUAAUGAGCUUUAUCAGAUUAGUGUAAGCACUUCUCUGAACUAAUGAGUUUUAUCAGUUUAGUGGAAGACUGCUGACAAUGAUAACAUUUGAGUAUAAGACACACUUGGCCAAUUAUGCCAUUUGUGCGCAGGACACACUUGGCUAUUGAUGCUAUUUGUGCAAUGUGUUGAGUAAAAGAAUGAAUUGAGAUGCUGUAUCAGGGGGAUACAUGGUUUUUAUUUACUUAUUUGAGAAAAUUCUUGCCCUAUCUUCACAUAUCAUUUAAAAAGAAUUGGUCCAAACUAGAGGCUCUUGAACUUUUUGGAACAAUGAACCCUUGCCUUGAUUUCAAAUCAUUUCUAACAUCCCAAUCAUGAUAUCAAAAAAUAUCUCCAGUACCCCUCAAAAUACAAAAUGAUACUAAAAUGGAAAUAAACCUUAUAUUGUGUGUUUCCUUGAGGACACCCUGGUCCAGAGGUUCAGGAAAGCCUCUAGCUCUCAUACAAGUUGUUGCAACAUUUAAGAUGGAGAAGAGAAACACAUACCAGUGGUGAUAUGAAUGUGUUCCGUAAGUUGUUCGAACAUGAGACAAUAGUCCAUCAAGGAUUAGACUACACUGAGGUUUGCUCUUACAGAUCACGCUGAGAACAUUGGGGUCAUUGCACAAUUGCUGUCAAUAAAGCACUGCAUCCCAAAGUGAUUAAGAUUUUCUUAUAGACCAAAUCAUUUUAUUACUCAACCAAAUUUUAAAUAAUGUUUAGUCAAAUAGAAAUCUUCAUACUGUUUCAGCUUCUCAUAAUGAUAGAGUUAACUAAGUUGACAGAAUACAUGGCAAGUUUAGCACUUAUGUAGCCAAAAUUUUUAAACCAAUUUGAACUCUGUUCACAGGGAUAUGUUGCAAAUGAGAUCGAGACAGAGCAAAUUGUUCAAGACACAUCAGUGACAUUCCUGGGUCAUGGGAAGGUCACAUCUUACGUACAGCAUCGUGGGUCCGUUCCCCUGUUCUGGUCUCAGGACAUCUCUAAGAUGGUAAAGCCACCGAUUUCAUGUAGGUAUUGAUCGCUAACAAAGCAAUAAUAAAAUAUUCAGUUUUCUUAGUGACUUUGUGUCCUCAUUAUUUUUAGCAACAUCAGGUAAUUGUAGUGGGGAGGGGCAGAUAUCUUAAAUUUGUACUGGGCCAAUUUAUUAUUAAAUAUUUUACAAUCAUUAUAACAUAUUAACUCUUUCGAUGCGGAACAACGCACACUGCGUUCUUCUGCCGCCGUCCUUAAAAGCACAGCCCAAUGCGCUGUGUGUUGUUUCAUUAUCAUUUUUGUUUCUUUGCUAUUUCUCGGUUAAACUUUUUAAGAGCAAUUAAGAAAUAAAAUUUUUACAUUGAAGAGUGGUACUUAAUUGUUUGUACACGAAACCAAGGUUUUUUUGUUGUCAUUUGAAGCAUUAUUUUGACGAUUUACUUUGCUUUUUUUUUCCUACUGUUGCUAUGGCUACUCUAGGCCCUAGUAGGUAAGUUUCCUAGACAAUUAACAGUUAAAAAAGCUUUGGAAUUGUUUUAUACUAUUUCUUUUGAUAAUGAAGAUGAUUUAUAUUUAGAUGCAUCGCAUGAUUACAAUAGUAGUAGUUUUAGAGGAAUUGAGUUAAAGAAGUCAAGAUGAGGUAUGCGUACAUCAUUGGGUUUGAGGAAAAAUGGUUUAUCAUAAAAUGUUUUCACAUUUUAUGGUUCUUUUCUGUAACUUAUUUUAUUUAAAGUGAAUAAAUAAGUGUACAAACAAAUAGUCCUUUCAAUUACCUUGCAUUUGAUACCAAGUUUAGUCUUGUAUACCAAAUGAUAAUAUUGAAAAUAUUUUUUAAAAAACCUCUCACUUUUUUUCUGCUCUUCGAAAAAAAUUUACAUUUUUUCGAUAAAAAAAUUCCGCAGCGAAAGAGUUGGUCAAUUAUAAAAGUCUUUUCCAAAUCUGCUUUCCAAAAUGUAUGGUGCACUACGACUUUGUGGUAAAAAAAAAAAAAUGGAAUAUUUAUUUAACCACAAAUUAAGAGAAUAUUUUCUCAUCAAAAGUGAAUAAUUGCUGGACAAAUAUAAAUGAAUGUGAAAUGAAAUAAAUCUGAAACGAAAUAAAUUUGAUAUAAAAUAAAUCUGAAAUGAAAUAAAGGUGAUAUAAAAUAAAUAUGAAAUGAAAUAAAUGUGUUAUGAAAUAAAUGUGAUAAGAAAUAAAUGUGAAAUGAAAUAAAUUUGAUAAGAAAUAAAUGUGAAAUGAAUGCAAAAUGAAAUGAUAAAUGUGAUAUGAAAUAAAAAAUUUCAUUCUGGAGGUAGAAUCAAGAGAUUAAAGUUUGGAUCAUUUUGAAAGCUAGGUUCUUAGACCUGAUUAAAUGUUUACUUUUUGUACAGUCUUUUAUGUUGGCAUGCACAGCCACACCUCUCUCUGUCAUAUGUCAGUCUCCUGUACAGCCAAACCUCACAUAUGUGCAUCAUAUUUCAGUGGACCAAAGAGAUCCUUACUCAAGUGCUGCAGGAAUGCAUUUCAACCAAUUGCUGUGCAGAUAUGGAUCUCCAAUUAUUGUCCUGAAUCUUGUCAAGGUAACUUUAAUGCAGGGUAGAUGUAAUGUAUUUGAAACAGAUGAUGUUAUCAUAAUCUCUAGAUCUUUAGUACAGUGAGACAACUUUCAAUGAUUUUUUUAACUGCUAUGACUGAUUUAAGUAUAUUUCUUGUGCUGAAAAUGAGAUCUUUGAUCUAUAUUUACUUAGGUGAUCCAGAUGCUCAUAACUAUCUCAAUAAUAUUUUUUGUUGAUAUGUUUGAUCAGAUAUCUGAACUAGGUCAAUAAUACUACUUGUUGACAAGUUUGAUGAGACAGCUUAACUAGGUCAAUAAUACUACUUGUUGACAAGUUUGAUGAGACAGUUUAACUAGGUCAAUAAUACUAUUUGUUGACAGUUUGAUGAGACAGCUUAACUAGGUCAAUAAUACUACUUGUUGACAAGUUUGAUGAGACAGCUUAACUAGGUCAAUAAUACUACUUGUUGACAAGUUUGAUGAGACAGUUUAACUAGGUCAAUAAUACUACUUGUUGACAGUUUGAUGAGACAGCUUAACUAGGUCAAUAAUACUACUUGUUGACAAGUUUGAUGAGACAGCUUAACUAGGUCAAUAAUACUACUUGUUGUUGACAAGUUUGAUCAGAUAACUAGGUCAAUAAUAUUUUUUGUUGUUCGUGUUUGAUCAGACAAGAGAGAACAAGAGACAUGAAAGUAUUCUAAGUGAAGACUUCAUCAAGGCCAUUGAUUACCUGAACCAAUUCCUGCCAGCAGAACACGCCAUACAGUACAUUGGUUUUGAUAUGGCAAGAGUUAAUAAAAGGUAGGGACCAUUGCAUUCUUCACUGCCAGCUGAAUGUGCCAACAGACAGGGUUCACUGCCAGCUGAAUGUGCCAACAGACAGGGUUCACUGCCAGCUGAAUGUGCCAACAGACAGGGUCUACUAACUAACCUCUACAGCUGGCAAAUAGAAAUUGUUUAAAAGACAAAAAGUUUAUUUGAACCCACAGAAAUCAUUAAAUGUGUUUCAAAGUUUAAAGCACUGAAUUAAAACUAAACUAAACUAUCAACAAAUUGUACUGCAUCAUUUUAUAGCUUCUUUUCAAAACUCAUCUCACCAUUGCAUCUGCCUCACCAUAGUUUUGCUCUCACCCUAGUAUCAGUUUCACUGUGAUAUCAGUCUCACCAUAGUAUUGCUUUCAUCAUAGUAUCAGUCUCACCAUAAUAUUGGUCUCACUAUAGUAUCAGUCUCACCAUAGUAAAGUUUCACCUUAGUAUCAGUCUCACCACAUUAUUGAUCUCACCAUAGUAUAGUUUCACCAUUGUUUAGUUUGACCAUAGUAUCAUUGACUUAAAAUGAUUUUAACAACAGUACAUUGAAUGUCAUUGAUUUGCCAUGAUUUUAACAACAGUACUUUGAGUGUUAUUGACUCACUAUGAUUUUAACAACAGUAGGUUGAGUGUUAUUGACUCACUAUGAUUUUAACAACAGUAGGUGGAGUGUUAUUGACUCACUAUGAUUUUAACAACAGUAGGUUGAGUGUUAUUGACUCACUAUGAUUUUAACAACAGUACGUUGAGUGUUAUUGACUCACUAUGAUUUUAACAACAGUACGUUGAGUGUUAUUGACUCACUAUGAUUUUAACAACAGUACGUUGAGUGUUAUUGACUCACUAUGAUUUUAACAACAGUAGGUUGAGUGUUAUUGACUCACUAUGAUUUUAACCAUAGUAGGUUGAGUGUUAUUGACUCACUAUGAUUUUAACAACAGUAGGUUGAGUGUUAUUGACUCACUAUGAUUUUAACAACGGUACGUUGAGUGUUAUUGACUCACUAUGAUUUUAACAACGGUAGGUUGAGUGUUAUUGACUCACUAUGAUUUUAACAACGGUACGUUGAGUGUUAUUGACUCACUAUGAUUUUAACAACAGUAGGUUGAGUGUUAUUGACUCACUAUGAUUUUAACAACGGUACAUUGAGUGUUAUUGACUCACUAUGAUUUUAACAACGGUAGGUUGAGUGUUAUUGACUCACUAUGAUUUUAACAAUGGUACGUUGAGUGUUAUUGACUCACUAUGAUUUUAACAACGGUACGUCGUUGAGUGUCAUUGACUCACUAUGAUUUCUUGCUCUCACAGGAAAGAUGCUGACGUAAUGCUGAGAUUGAAUCGCAUCGCUCGCUACUGUAUCAAACAAACUGGACUUUUUCUGAGUGUCCAGCCAUCACAAGCUCAGUAUUUACUUAAAGACCCUGAGUAAGUGAAAUUUGCCAGAGGAGGUGUGAAUCUUUAAAUUAAUGUUGUUGAUUUUAAUCACAUAUAGUCAGUAUUAGAGAUAGCAUUUAUUAUUGUACAUAUCUGUAAGCAAACCUCAUGGAGACACCAUUUUGGCAUGCUGGGUCAAGAUACGAUUAUACCACCAUAAGUUAACUGACCAUGCACUAUUGUGAUCAAAAUAAUCUUCUGGUCAUACACAAACAGGAUGUGUCACCUUUGGGGUCACUUCCCUGACCAUCUGUGCUACUCAGGGGGGAAAAAUUUUUGCUAUAUGAGAAGUAUUCACUCUAAUGAAUCAAUUGUUAUAUCUAAAAUUACCUCAAGAAUAUGGUUCUACUCUACUGGUUGAUUGACUGUAGCUGCUGCAUGUAGUGAAGAUGGAAACUGUGGAAAUAUCCAAUGAAAUAGGGGAAUAGUUAUUUUGCCAAUAAAAAACAUUGACUAGCUCCUGAAAGAAUUGCUUCUAGUUAGCGAACUAAACAUUUAUCAAGGUAGAUAACGCACUAGUUCGUAUCAACAGACUGCAGAGUUUGAAAGGGGUGUGGGGACCAAGAGGCUGUCGGCAGACCGGUGCUGUACGGACAAACUGUGUGGACUGCUUGGACAGGACCAACACUGCCCAGUUUGCCAUGGGUCGCAGUGCCCUGGCUUAUCAGGUACACAGUAGUAUUCUACAUACACCAUUAAACAAAAGAAACUAAUCUUUAUAUACAUUUUUUAACGUUUGGAAAAAUCAUAUUUUCCACAAAUAAUCAUAGGUGUUUCAAACAUGAUAAUACAGGUGCCAGAAUGAUCAAUACAUUGAUCGUGGGCCCUCAAAAUAUAGAAGAGGAAGAUUUCCCAUUAAUAUGGUUACGGUAUUGCAAAACUGAUAAUAUUUCCCAUUGAUAUGGUUAGGUAUUGGAAAAAUGAUAAUAUCUCCCACUAAUAAUGAUUAGAUAAUACUAGUAUUAUGCAUUAGAAAAUAAUUGUUUGGUUUAAAUCUAGCUCCUUGAAUGCAUAAUUUCUUUGACUUGUUGACUGAUCUGUUGGCAGCUGUAUGCAUUGGGUGUAUUGGAGAGUCCACACUUGGACUUUGACACAGAUUGUAUCAAGUAAGUUGUUACCCAAUUCUGUCCUGGAAUACUGACACAGGUUGUAUCAAGUAAGUUGUUAACUAAUUCUGUCCUGGAGUACAAAUUAAUUGAACACCUGUAUUUAAUAUCUGAGGGCAGCAGCUUGUCUAUUGAGUGUUUCAAUAUUAGUGUGUAUGAAAAUGUGUACAAAACAAAUGUGUACUAAACAAAUGUUAAACCGUACUAAAAGAAUGUGUACUAAAUCAAUUUGUGCCAUACUAAUUUACAUAAAAUUUUUUAAUGGGAUUUUUUAAAAAAAUUAAAUGUAUUAGUUGGAGAUUUGUGGAAUGGAAAUAUUUUCAUUACAAAAAUAUUUGUUAAGGGGUAAUAUGUAAACUGUUUAAAAAAGAUUUAAUUUUUGUUUCCAUAACCAAGUCUUUAGCAGCCCAGCCAAAAGUAAACAGAUUUUGCUGUUAGAAAUGAGUGUGAUCCAUUGUCACUAAUUUAAAUCAGUUUAACUGUCAGGCUAGUAUACUGUACAGCUAACUGUCAGGCUAGUGUACUGUAUAGCUUUAGUUUUAUUUUUACUCAAUUCACCAAUAAUUGAACUACUAUGUCAUGUUUUUUUAAGUCCAUUAAAAAAUUAUCAGUGCUACACACUUGCGAUUGCACAAAUUUCCACUAGAAAAUAUUUCUUUCAAAAUAGUUUCAUACAAAUUUCUGGUAACCAAAACAUCAGUUUUGUCAAAGUAAUUGAACAUUUAAUAUCUGAGGCUAGAACUUUGAUCAAAGUAAUUGAAUAUUUAAUAUCUGAGGCUAGAAAUUUUGUCAAAUGAUUCAAUUCAUGACUGCAGGAUGCUGGAAGAGCUGUAUGAAGAUCACGGGGACACACUUGCCUUACAAUAUGGUGGCAGUCAACUCGUGCAUCGCAUUAAAGGUUACAGGAAACUUGCCAGGUGGACAUCACACAGCAGAGAUAUCAUGCAGACCUUGUCCAGAUAUUACAGAAACAAUUUUUCAGGUCAAUUAAGUUUCUGCUUCCGGGCUUUUUGAAGUGGCUUCCAAUAGAAAUAAAUAGAAUUAGUUAAAUUUGGUGAAAUUAGUAGAAAUAGAUUAAUUUGGUUUUCAUUUGAUUCAUCAAAAGUUGCACUACUUUCUCAUUUAACAUAUUGGUUAGAACUGGAAAAUAUCCUUGCACUCUCUUUAUGGCAAGCUUGUCUUACUGUCAUUAUUAGUGUGUUGUCCAUAGAAUUGUGUAUACUUAUUGUGCUGCCUAUAGAAUUUUGCAUUAUCAGUGUGCUGUCUAUAAAAUUGUGCAUUAUUAGUGUGCUGUCUAUAGAAGUGUUCAUUAUUAGUGUGCUGUCUAUAGAAUUUUGCAUUAUUAGUGUGCUGUCUAUAGAAGUGUUCAUUAUUAGUGUGCUGUCUAUAGAAUUUUGCAUUAUUAGUGUGCUGUCUAUGAAUUUUGCAUUAUUAGUGUGCUGUCUAUGAAUUUUGCAUUAUUAUUGUGCUGUCUAUAGCAGUGUGCAUUAUUAGUGUGUGUCCAAUUUUUAGUAUGAGAAAAUCAUUAGCAUUUGUCCAUUAAGAUGAGUCUAUUAUGAGUGUGCCCAUCCAUCUCUUCCUCACAGAUGUGGAAAAGCAGCAAGCCUUUAACUUAUUUCUUGGGGUCUUCCUUCCCUGUGAGGGCCAGCCUAACUUGUGGGACCUGCUCACUGAUUAUUACCUACACAACAAACCGUCAAUGGGAAUACCCAUUAUUCGCAAUCAGUAAGGUCACAGUUGAUUCUGCUCUAGUUUGAUUUCACUAUUAGGCCAUUUUACACUAUGUGACCAUACCACAACUACGUGGCCACGCCACAACUAUGUGGCCAUACCACAGUUAUGUGGCCAUACCACAACUAUGUGGCCAUACCAUGGCACAACUAUGUAGUCAACCAAACUGUGUGGGGCCAUGCCACAUGUGGAGGCCAAAAAAUGAAAAGUUUGAUCACUACCUUAAGAUUAAUUAAAGUUUUGUAGCUCAAUUAAUAUUUUAAAUAGUGGCAAUUUUUUUUUAAUUUUGACCUUUGACCUUUCAGUUACUGCCAAUGGUGGGAUAAGGAUGUAUGGACCAGUCUGCCCCUCCCACAAGAAGAAGGUAAUCCAUCAUUGGGAUCAAUAGAAGUAAGAGAAGUUUGCUGGUCCAUUUUUCCAAGAGUUCAAAUGUGAGUUUCUGUCCUUUUCAGUGUCCAAACCAAAAAUGACCCAGGCUGCCGUGAUGAUGGCCCCACAGACGGACGAACAUGUCAACUCUUUCUAUGAACAUUAUCGCCCUGCGGAGAUAACGUCAUUUGAUGACAUCUACCAAAUUUACCUUUCACAGACUUGCUGGUGAGCUCUUUUCCAAUUCAUUUGCUCAAGUGAUGUAUGCUGUUUGAAUCACUCUACUCCAUUAGAUCUGUAGUGCAAAAGAAGGCUGUGCUUUAUAACAUUAUGGCAAGAAAACAAUAAGUCAGCUUUAAAGCCUGUGCACAAUAGACUAAAGUUCAAAUCCUGAUCAGAUACUAUAGGCUUUAACUUUUAACUCAUUCCCGACGGAUGCGACUAAAUGCGUCUUUCUGGGGUUUCGUCGGAUACGUCCAAAUGCGUCUGGUCACACCCUCCUACUUUUCUUUUCUCCCUAGUUAUAAAAUGACGCAUCCCCGAGAUUUCUAAUGAUAAUCUCGCGGUAGCGAGAAUCCACGAGCAUUCAAUAAAAAAAAACUGAAGUUUUAUCUCGUUUCGUUCAUUUUCAAAGAGUUUUUGAACUAGUCGGAUCUUAGUGAAAUUUUUAUUGACUUAUUUUGUGAAAUUUUGAAAAUGGCCUUCCAGUUCCUUCAAUCCCUUAUCGAUGGAAAUGAACAAUUGUUAGAUGAGGGUUCUGAUAUUGAAGUGAAUGAACUGAGUUCAGAAUCUAGUGAUUCUUCUGAUGAUGAUUCUGUACUUGAUAGUCCUACUUCGAUGACCAAUGCUAACGUUAAUACUACUGGCGUGGAAUGGUCCGACGUACUGUCCAAUGUGACAGAAAAUAUGGGCGUAUUUUCGGAAUAUGUAGGGAGUCUACGUAAUAUUCCAAUUGACAAGCCACCUAUAGACUUUUUUAAGCUAUUUGUGACAGACAAUUGUAUUGAUGAUUUUGUUUUACAAACAAAUUUGUAUGCAAAGCAGCAAUUGGCCAAGCAGUCUGGCCCUAGGGCAUUUGCCAUAACAUGGACUCCAGUCAAUGCAGAUGACAUUUACAAAUACAUAUAUAUAAAUGUCAUGUUUGGUUUACAUCAAGUCCUUGAUACAAGACUAUACUGGUCUUCUGACAGUAUGUGGAGGGUCCCUGCAGUGGCUGACAUCAUGAGCAGAGAUCGUUACCAGAUGAUUCAUCGGUUUUUUCAUGUCAAUGACAGCUCUCUUCAACCCACCAAGGACUGUCAACAUUACGAUCCCCUUUACAAGGUGAGGCCCUUUCUCGACCACAUAAGACAUCAAUGCUUGUCACUAUACAAGCCUCAGAGACAACUAAGUGUCGAUGAAGCCAUGGUCGGGUUUAGGGGAAGACUCGGAUUUAAGCAAUACAUGAAAGAUAAGCCUACUCCGUGGGGCUUGAAAAUUUGGUGCUGUGCCGAAGCCAAGACAGGGUACUUUUAAACUUUAAAGUCUACACUGGUAAAAGCGAGGCGUGCUCUACCAAUGGAUUGGGCUAUGAUGUCGUCAUGGCUAUGGCCGAGCCCUUUUUGGACAAAAGGCAUGAGCUUUUUUUUGAUAAUUUUUUUCUUUCGCCCAAGCUGGCAGAAGACCUGCUUGCCCGUGACACCUAUUGCUGUGCCACCAUUAGGCCCAACCGCAAAGGUUGGCCUCUUAGAAAAUCAAAACAAAAAAAAGGUGACUACAUUAUGCAACAAAAAGGUUUACUUGUUGCCUGGCAAUGGACAGACAAGCGCCAGGUGAAUAUGAUAUCAACAAAUUCAAAUCCACAGAUGACAAUUGUUGAGAGGAGAUCCAAAGAUGGGAUACUUGACAUUGAAAUCCCCUGCAGUCUGGACUCCUACAAUUCUUAUAUCUUUGGGGUGGAUUUUGGUGACCAGCACCGUUCAUAUUAUCCGGUGGGAAGACCAAGCCAUAAAUGGUGGCGAUACCUCUUCUGGUAUUUAAUCCAGAUGUCGAUAGUAAAUGGAUAUCUACUCAUGAAAAGUGUGAACCCUACUUCCUCUCUUAGCAAGUCCCACCUAAAAUUUCGUGCUAAGCUGGCUCAACAGUUGCUGAAUGUAAAAUCAAGAGCCACUGCAUCUAGCUCUUCUUGCCUGAGCAGGCCAAGUAUUGCUGGCAUUACAAGACCUUUCAGCCCCAAGCAUAGGCUGUCUACGAUGCCAGGGAGAAAGCGCAGAUGUUACCAGUGUGCCGCGGAAGGAGCAAAAAUGCCCAGCGGCAGAACAAAGGAAGCCACCAAAAGCUGUUAUUUAUGCCAAGUGCAUUUGCAUGCUGGACAGUGCUAUAGCACUUAUCACGAGAACAUAAAAUAAACUUGUGUUAAAGUUAAAUUAAAUUUCAGAAAAAAGAGCUAAAAAUGACAUAUGUUGCAUUUUUGUUUAUUUUGUGUCGUUAUUUGGUCUUGUUGUACCAGUAAUGUUAAACUUUUCUGAAAGCUUAUCCAUUUCUGAAUGCAAUGGUAUUUAUUUUUUUUUAAACUGAUUAAUAUUUAGGUACCGAAAACAAUUUUUCAAAAUAUACAUAUGGUAUGAAAAUCAGAGUAGCUUCCCUUGUCCAGGAAAAUGAAUAUAAACAGGAAAUGAGUGCUCAGGGGGGAAUGAGUUAAUAUCAGCAUAGCACAUAGAGUAAAAAAAACACAUCUAUCCACAAGACUCUCCCCGCCCAGUACAAUGAAAAAUUAAGUUUAUAAUUAUGUUUAAGUCAAUAACUUUAUCAAGCCAGACCUAACUGGUUUUACUUCAUUUAUUUAAAUACGGUAAUCUAUAAUACUGCAACUAGCAGUUUCACAAUAAGCAGAGCAAUUACGUCUUAUGAUAUCUCAAGUAAUCUAUAAUACUGCAACUAGCAGUUUCACAAUAAGCAGAGCAGUUACGUCUUAUGAUAUCUCAAGUAAUCUAUAAUACUGCAACUAGCAGUUUCACAAUAAGCAGAGCAAUUAUGUCUUAUGAUAUCUAAAUAAAUUGCUGUCAGUAUCAUCAGCCGAGUCCAUUUUUAACAAAAAUUUUUGUUUUAACUGUAAAUAAACCUCAAAAUUUGACAAAAAUCAAACUUUAAAGAAGCUAAUGUCAUUUUAAAGUCAUCAGCUAUCCAAGUAUGAAUGAUGGGUCAUCAUCUAUCCAAGUAUGAAUGAAGGGUCAUCAUAUAUCCAAGUAUGAAUGAAGGGUCAUCAUAUUUCAAAGUAUGAAUGAAGGGUCAUCAUAUAUCCAAGUGUCAAUGAAGGGUCAUCAUAUAUCCAAGUAUGAAUGAAGGGUCAUCAUAUAUCCAAGUAUGAAUGAAGGGUCAUCAUCUAUCCAAGUAUGAAUGAAGGGUCAUCAUCUAUCCAAGUAUGAAUGAAGGGUCAUCAUAUAUCCAAGUAUGAAUGAAGGGUCAUCAUAUAUCCAAGUAUGAAUGAAGGGUCAUCAUAUAUCCAAGUAUGAAUGAAGGGUUAUCAUAUAUCCAAGUAUGAAUGAAGAGUCAUCAUAUAUCCAAGUAUGAAUGAAGGGUCAUCAUAUAUCCAAGUGUCAAUGAAGGGUCAUCAUAUAUCGAAGUGUCAAUGAAGGGUCAUCAUAUAUCCAAGUAUGAAUGAAGGGUCAUCAUAUAUCCAAGUAUGAAUGAAGGGUCAUCAUAUAUCCAAGUAUGAAUGAAGGGUCAUCAUAUAUCCAAGUAUGAAUGAAGGGUCAUCAUAUAUCCAAGUAUGAAUGAAGGGUCAUCAUAUAUCCAAGUGUCAAUGAAGGUCAUCAUAUAUCGAAGUGUCAAUGAAGGGUCAUCAUAUAUCCAAGUAUGAAUGAAGGGUCAUCAUAUAUCCAAGUAUGAAUGAAGGGUCAUCAUCUAUCCAAGUGUCAAUGAAGGGUCAUCAUCUAUCCAAGUGUCAAUGAAGGGUCAUCAUAUAUCCAAGUAUGAAUGAAGGGUCAUCAUCUAUCCAAGUAUGAAUGAAGGGUCAUCAUCUAUCCAAGUGUCAAUGAAGGGUCAUCAUAUAUCCAAGUAUGAAUGAAGGGUCAUCAUAUAUCCAAGUAUGAAUGAAGGGUCAUCAUAUAUCCAAGUGUCAAUGAAGGAAACCAGCCUGAAUGUGCGUGUAACAAAAGGGAGAUUAUUCAUGAGUUUUUCUUGUCGCUACAAUAUGUGGCGCCAUUAAGAUACGUGUCACUAUAGAGGUUAAAAUCAUUUGCUGUCACUUGGCAUCAUGUGGAUAUAAAGUGUUAAAAUCAGUCCUUGUUUGGCGUCAUGUGGAUGAAAAAUGUUACGUGAAUAAAAAGUCUAUAAAAUGGAAUAAAUCACAAAAGUGUUCAUGUUGUCCAGUGAACCAAACUGAUGGUCCCGCUGGUCCUGCUAUAGUCUAAUAUUUCCCUAUGACUCCAUGAAUUAGAUCCAUACUGUAAUAUGUUGGUCAUCUUAUGACACUAUCAAUGACAGCAUGUUCUUCUGUGAAUUUCUUGGUGUUUUCCAUUCUGAAAUAUAGACAUUUGAAAUUGACAUAUGAAAUCUUGUCCUUUGAAAUGACAUUGCAUUUUUAUUGCGUUGCUCUCUUCUCUUUUGUAUCAAUUUUGAAUGGUAUUGACUCUCCUCAGGAAACACUUGCCAAAGAAUACCACAGACUUCAGUCCAUUUUGUGUACGCCACUCAACUGAUACCUCAGACAGGUAAUAGAAGACCUUCAGGUUAUUGGUAGAAUAAAGAAUUGAUUUUGAAGCACAAAAUUUUAUUUUAAUGGAACUUCAGUUAAAAACCCAAACCCAAAUUAGUUUCUCUCUUUCUAACAAUCAUAGGAAUAUCUAAUUCACCAGUUCUGGGCAUAUCUAAUGCACCGGUUCUGGGCAUAUCUAAUGCACCGGUUCUGGGCAUAUCUAAUGCACCGGUUCUGGGCAUAUCUAAUGCACCGGUUCUGGGCAUAUCUAAUGCACCGGUUCUGGGCAUAUCUAAUGCAGCGGUUCUGGGCAAUAUUUAGUUUUUGAAAAGAAAUUUGAGUUUAUUCACUCCCUUAAUUCAAAAUAAAAUCAUUUUUGAGAUAGUUUUUAAAAAAAUGUGGGCAAAAUACAAUAUAUUUUUAAGAAACUUUUUGACAUGAACCCAAAAUUUGUGUGUGAAAUUCAAUAUAUCAUAUUUAAAUAUUAUAAGUAAUAUACUAUAUACUAUUUUAGCAAUAUAAGUAACUUCAAUGCUGGUAGGUUGUUGGUGGUCAGUAGUAACAUUUUGUGUCUCAUUGAACGCAGGGAAUCCAAUCCAAAUAUCUCGGGUAAAGACUCAACAUCAUCAACAACUUCAUUUGGAUCUGAGGGUAGCUCGGAUACCACGGAUGACUCUGAUGUGGAGGGAGGGGUACAGCUGUCUGAAUCAUCCAGCGAUCACAGCUCUGGAGAUGAGGAUAAUUAUAUUUCCUUCAAGGUAAUUUGGUGGCUAUUAUAGAUGUGACUAAUCACCUGAGGUAGAGCAGUCGUGACUGACCAGCUGAAGUAGCACAGAUGUGACUGAUCCAGCUGAAGUAGCACAGAUGUGACUGGUCAGCUGAGGUAGGACAGGUGUUACUGAUCAGCUGAGGUAGGACAGGUGUUACUGAUCAGCUGAGGUAGGACAGGUGUUACCGAUCAGCUGAGGUAGGACAGGUGUUACUGAUCAGCUGAGGUAGGGCAGGUGUUACUGAUCAGCUGAGGUAGGACAGGUGUGACUGAUCAGCUGAGUUAGCACAGAUGUGACUGAUCAAUUGAGGUAGCACAGAUGUGACAAUCAGCUGAGGUAGCAGUCAGUCAGUUAGUUUAAUGUGACCUUUAAAGUUCUUUAAUACAACAAAAGAGUUUUAAGUAGUGUUGUGACAUUGACCCAAUAAUGUUAGAACUUUUAAGUAGUGCUGUGACAUUGACCCAAUAAUGAUAGAACCAUUAUAUAGUGCUGUGACAUUGACCCAGUAAUGUUAGAACUGUUAAGUAGUGCUGUGACAUUGACCCAAUAAUGUUGGAACUGUUUUGUAAUGCUGUGACAUUGACCCAAUAAUGUUAGAACUGUUUUGUAAUGCUGUGACAUUGACCCAAUAAUGUUAGAACUGUUUUGUAGUGCUGUGAAAUUUUCCCAAUAGUGAUAGAACUUUUGUGUGGUGCUGCGACAUUUGCCGACUAAUACAAACGUUUAAUUUCUACGCAGGAAUUGUUUCCAUCUAUGAAAACAGUUUAUGACACUGAUAUCACAGAGCCCAGUUUGCGGGACCAGAAGAUUUAUGAGAGGUCAGUCUGUCCACUGAAACGCUUUGUUUUGGUUUUGAUUGAUGCUUGUCAAUUUCUUAAAGGAUUCAAUUCUUUUCAAAGUUAAAAUUUUUCAAAAACAGCAGAAAAACUGGAAAAUAUCCUAAACUGGGCUUGUAAAGGCAACUAUUUCUAUGCAAAUAUAACUUUUAUGUUAAUAAAAUACUGGGUUUAAAAUAUGUCAAAAGUUUUUCUUCUUUGAAUGUCAUUUGUUUUUAAAUGGAUUAUGGAUUCCCAAACUAAUCCAUGUUUUUUUGUCAAGGGUUUUUUUUCUUGUUUUUUUUUUGCUAUUGCCAAUAAACUUUGAUGGACCUGCUUCUUUUUGUACAACCUAGGAUUCUAGUAGGAUAUUAUUUUAUAUAAACUCUUAAAAUAUAAUUUGAGAACCAUUUUAACCUUAACUGAGAUUGGAAUACUUGAGCUGUUUCUUCUUCUUAAUUAAAUUAAACUUAAAGGAUCUAGUUUUAUAAAGCACUCAUUAAUUGUCAACAGAUAUGUAGACAUUGGAACUGGUCAGAGCAAUGAACGACAGCCUGAUUCAGAACCAAAUGAUCUCCUGAGUGUGGACAGAAAGGGUGGACAUACUUCACCGGGCAGUCGUAGAGGGAGCAAGGACUCUGCUAUGGAAAUAAACAAACAAGUUUUUCCAGGCGUGGAUAUGUUAGUUCUACAAUUUUCUUUUUCCAAUUAUGUCAAGUAAAUAUUUGUAUUAACUAGUUGAGAAUGUCUGAAAAGCUUGGCACCUUGUGAAAAUGUGUGCAGGAAAAGCUGCUCUUAAGUACAGGAUACGUGGGAUAAAUCUUAUGGCUUUGAUGAUUUAAUGUGAUCCUUAUAUUAUGGUAAGAGACAUACUUUCAUUGCUCUCUCCACUUAGCGUGUGGGGAGGAGUGGGAGAGUUACAUUUGCCCCUUCAGUGGUUUUAAAAGUUCAAUAGCGGUUUGUUUAAAGCAGAGUAGAGUAUUUGUAGAAGUUAAAUGGAGUCUUGAUUCAUUCUAACUUAUAUUUAAGGAACUCCAUUUUAUUUAUUAAUUAUGUUAAUCACGACUUUUUUCAUGUUCAAAAACAAUUUUUUGUUCACUUCACAAUUUUGCUAAUUGGCGUUAAAAAAUGUUAAUUUAUCAACUCUUCUUUUAUUCUCAGAUUCCCCAUUUCAGCUUUUAAGUUAGACAGCACAUUUUAUGUCGAGCCACCACCUGUCAGUAAGCAGGCCAAAGAUUUGUACACAGCAUAUGUCCAGCGUGGGCGGUUGGGUGCCGGGCCUGUCUCUGAUGCAGACCGCCAUGCCUACAUCAAAUAUGUCAACAGGAAAUAUCUCUGACAUCUCAUCACAUAUGUACAUUUGUUGUUUUAGAACUAUGAAUAUCUGUGACAUCUCAUCAUAUCUGUAAAUUUUUUGUUUUAAUACUGUUAAUAUCUGUGAUCAAUUAUGUCAUAAAAAUAAACUAUGGAAAUACUU